AUGCCUGGAUAUGAGUUAUCUUCCGCGGACCGAUUAGUAAUCGACAAAAAAAAUUUAUGCCCUAAAUGUGAGGGCCUUCUUAGAGAAGCUAUGCAAACAAUAGCAUGUGGUCAUACGUACUGCAAGUCAUGCGUGGAAACGAUUCUUUGGUAAGUACGUCGUGUACGUCGUCAUUGUCCUAGACAGCUGAAAUAUCCUUAGCCUACCUCUUAAAGUAAGUAGUUAACCGUAGACAAAAGCUGAUAAAUGACUGGUAUAAUGCAAAAAGCUACGAUCGCUGUCGAUAGCUGCGUGGCUAAUGUGGUGCAGAUAAAUGGUAACUGUACUUCAAGCCCCUGGUUGUUCAAAAAGGUGGAUAAUGCUAUCCACUGGAUAAAUCACUUUCCAGUGGAGAAAGCAUUAAGUUUCUCUAAUACUUAUCCAGUGGACAGUGAUCUAUCCGGUGGAUAGCGUUAUCCAACGUUUGAUGAACUGGGACAGAUGAUAAUAAAUUUACUACAGUUAACUGGCAAACAAAAAUCAGAUAAAUACCCAAUAAUCAUGUAUUCUUCGUAUUACUGGUUGAUACACAUUGAUCCCUGUCCCUAAAUUUACAGGCAAGAAGUUGGAAAGUGCAUCAUCGAUGGAUCAGAUAUUCAUAGAGAACAGGUUUGCCUUUUUUUUCGAUUAAGAGAUUUAUCGUUAGUGAAACCUUCUGAAUACAUUCUAUAGCCUGGAUCCAAACAGGCGCUCUAUGAGCCAAGCGAGACGAAAGCCGCCUUUCUUGUGCGGUUAUUUUAGGGUCUGUUUACAUGGAGGUGCGGGACCCCAGAUAGGUGAGGUAACACGUGGCGGGUCACCCCACCUAUAGCGUAAACGUGAUAAAAUUAAUAUGAGAGAUUAUAUAGACAGGCGGGUUACCCCACCUACCUGGGGUCCCCCACCUCCAUGUAAACAGUCCCUUAGUCAGAGAGUCUUAGUACGUAUACCUUUUAUCGCGCGCCACCCGGUUCCGUGAUGCUGCAUCCUCAUGCAUCACGCUCACCCCCUCCCCCCUCCCCCCUCCCCCCGGCCCAUUUUGAUCCAUUUCGAUUAUCUCGGUUGGAAGAGCGUUUGAAUUCUGAGUGGGAGGCCCCGGGCUCAAACCCCGACCGACCGGAACAGCAACCCUCGGUUUGGGCGAUCCCAUCAUUGGGUGGUGACGUCUUUCUUUCUCACGUUAAUUCGAAGGCGACGCAAAACCAUUCUCUUUUUCGAAAAGUGUAAAGAAAGUCUCUCCGUUGAUAUUGUCCACCUCUACUUCUACCAACACAUCACCAGCCACAAGUGACAUAUAUCAUACAUAAAUAGACCGAUAGCGGACGCCAGUGGUGCCACUUUACGCUGACGUCUUAUUGUACUGUUAAUAGAAAGAUUUACAAUCACGUUUACCGCAAACUGCUAAACGUCAAUUUGAACCACGUGACCAAGAUUUAUUCUUAACAUGUCCUUUACACAUGAAAAAGGAGUUUCAUGUCAAGUUCAUGGAUCUAACUUGGAUCUAAGGUGUAAGUUUUGUGGUAAAAUUCAUUAUAAAUCCCUCCGUGAUAUAUCACCUAAAGAAGACACAAAAUGUUGUCUAAUCCGUCACCUUCGAAAUUAUUUGCCAACCUUUUCGUUUACUCUGCAGGAGUCAAGUUGUAACUGUAAUUUUUGUGUCUAAUAUAUGAUAGCAAUACUUUGUUUCGUAUCACUCUGCAGGUAUUUUUGGACCGCUUUGUCGAGCGUGAGAUACAGUCACUGUUGGUCCAUUGCAUUCAUCAAGAAGAAGGAUGUGAUUGGAAAGACGAGCUUAGAAAACGAGAGGUAACAACUAAGCUUCUAUAUGACGUUCAAAUAAGUCAUGAUGUAUACCCACUUCCAGCCCUACUGACAAGGGCGGUCCCAGUCAGGUUAAUCUGUAGCCGUGAAACACUGAAAAGCGGUCACUCGUGAGGCAAAAAAUAUAUUUAAACAUUUUUACCGUACACCUUGUCAUGAAAGUGCCAAGAUUGCUUUAGAAGAUUUUUCGUCUUGUCUUGGGGCUAUUCAUUCUAUUAUGGUGCUAAACAGACCACCUAUCUUUAACUGUUGAGAUAGACCCUCUGUGAUGCCCAUGCUCGUAUCAGCUGGAUUAUCUACGAAAUAUGUAGAGAUGUAGAUAUAAUAGACGAGAUAAAGGAGUUUUCAAUUAGGCCGAAGUAGUUUAGUGUGCAAGAUUUACUCCGUGUUUUGGCGCAGGAAUCUCACCCGCGGGUGUAAGAACAUUAUCGGAGUAAUGAACAAUCUUCAAUUUGGCCAAAGAAGUUUAGGGCGUAUAAUUUAAUCCUUGUUUUGGAACAGGAAUCUUAUCAACGUGUGUCAAAAUAUUAUCAGAGUAAAGCGAUUUCAAAUUUGGCCUAAGUAGUAUAGUUCUUUUUCAACAUGCUAAUGAAGUCUCAGCCAAUACUGAAUAAGAGAAUACAAAACAAAAUUACUGUAAUCGCGCGCGUCUUUCUCUUAUCGGUUUUGGCAACAAAACACUUCCUCUUAGUUCUAGUUAUCCUAGCUGGACAGUUGCCGAUUCUAAAACACAGUUCCUAGCGUAUUGUUUUAAAUUAUCGUUAUUAUUAUCUCGUCCAUUAUUGUCAUAAUUGUCAAUUACGUGUUCUCGUGUGUCAGGAUCACGAGACUGUGUGUGAGUACGUUCAAGUUCCAUGCGUGCAUUCAGGAUGCGGUGAACUGGUGACUAGAUCAAGUCUGGUAGAGCAUCUUGAGAAGUGGUGUCAAUUCAGAAUGGAAAAAUGUGACUACUGCCAAACUCUUGUAGAGUUUGCAUUUUUGAAGGUAACAAUAACCCCCGCAAAAUUUGUUUUUUACCCCUGAGUUGUCGUUAUUCGGGAUACGAUCCUUUUAAUACGUUACUUUAAGCCUUAAAGUAUACUUUGCAACAAUAAAUUUCCUUGUUUUUAUAUACUUCAUGGUAUUAACGUCUUUAAGGACCACUCAUGUUUAAUUUCCCUUUCUUCUGACUCUCAUUGACUUUUUGCACAUUUCUUCAUUCCUCUAACCCGCUAACAACACAAAUCACCAGAAAUCGGUGCCGGUAUUAAGUCUCAUAAACAAGAGAUCUUUUCUUCUUAAUUCAAUACCCAGUCGGCCUGGAUACUUUGUUUACAGUGACCUCUAAACUAGUGACUAUUAAAAUUCAUUACGCACAGGAUCACCAGGACUCUCAGUGUCCCUCCGUCCCUGUGGCUUGCACAGAAUGUGGAAGAAAGGACAUACCUCGUUCUCAGGUGAGCAAACCGAUGUUCACGAGCACCUUCUGCCCAUCAAGCCAACCGAAAACCAGACAACACCAAAAACGGUGCACUUGACUGCUGUACCUGAGUCUAAAUUCAUUCUCUUUCCUGUUCCGAUAGGUUUUUUUUCCUGAUACUCUGUAUUAGCAAGCUCCAGUUCGAAAAAAAAUCCAAAUUCCAAUUUGAUUUGCAUGGAACGCAAGCACUUGUAUAAACGGUUUCUUAAAGGCCCAUGUUCACCCUAGAUGCAUUGCGCGCCCUGUACUCCAGAAAAAACAUUUCGCGUAGUUGAAAAUCGCUGCCUUUAGUGUGUAAAGUCAAUCUUUGUUAAUCUUCUACAGUUCGCUAAAUCUGGUUUAAAAGAAGGUCUCAACAAGUUCUUUUGGUAUUUUUCUUUACAUCUUUUUGGAUAUUUUGGAAUGGUAUCGAGCCUUUUUGUUUCUGUGAGUGUUUGCUUCACUGCAGCACUUUCGAUGGCGGCUCCAUCGAAACGAACGGUUGGAAGCAUGGUUGGAAGACCGCGUCGACGGGCGUCGCCGAAGUACAUUCGUCUCCGUGAAUCCGCUUUUUUUAUCCCUGGAGAGAUGGGAAAGAAACUCUUGGCUGUAAAUUCUACAGACAGCGUGUUUGCCGAGUUCCUUCUACAUCGAAUGUUCAAUUGUAAACCAUAUUGCCUUGUAAACAAAGGUCCCGUUGAAAUCAGUUGAAAGCAAAACAAGCGAGUCAAUCUAACAUGAACAAUGCUUUAUUUAAUUUAACCUAUGAAGCGAGUGAUAUCCUUAACGUAAACUUAUCGUCUGGCGUAUCACGAUUAAAGGCGGCUCUAAAGUAGCGAGAACUCUUAUUAGCAAACCAAUCCUUAGCAAAACCUAAAGAAAGUGUAAUACAGCGAUUACAGCGAUUACAGACUGUAUGCAGUGCUGAUUCGGCGCUUUGCAAACACAACUUCUCGCUUAUUCUUUCGAGAACACAUACCUAAAAGCUUCCUAAGAAUCAACACAAAAUAAUAGAUUGAGGAAUCAAAACAUUUCACAGUCGAAUCGGACUUCAGGAAAACCUCACCUGGUGCUUAGACGUUUCGUAAUUUAUGACCUUCAUUGUGUUCAUCGGACUCAACAAGGCAUCCAUAUGCAUUCACUACCAGUUUAAAUUUUGAGGUGCUUUCUGCGGUGACAUUUAACGAAGUCGGCGAUAUAUCUUCCUCCAUUUGGAAAAGAAUUAAAAGUCUUACUGGCCUCUUUGAUACUGUCUCUCUAAGCUUCGGUCAAGCGUGAAAAAAGCUGCAAUUGUAGUCUCCCUCGCAGUCGUUUUUAGUAUCGUCACGCAACGCUCCUCAAAGUGGAAGCCAAUCAAAACACUGCAUUUGACAAAAGAAUCGUUUCAAAACAAAAACACAAGCGCGCAAAGCCGUUUGGGUGAACAUGGGCCUUUAACGGCUAGCUCCUAGAUGACUCGUGUGUGAAAAAUAUAAAAAUUCACAUUUUACAUUAACUAUACAUAUACGUAUAGUUAUAAUGAAAAAGAAAAAAAACGUUCGAGAUUUAACUUCGCUCGCUAUAUUUAUUACAUCAGAUGCCUGCCCAUAUUGAUCCGGUAAAUGGAGACUGUGAAGAAUUACAAUCAAGUUGUCCAUGGGCACAAAUUGGAUGCCCUGUGUCAAAGGUAUGCAAAUACUUAAGACUACUUAAUGCAAAAGGGCAAUCAUUUGGUAAUCUGUGGGUGGGCUGCGUGUUAAUCAACGCUUCUCAGCGUUAAUACACUAUUUCGUUUUCGUUUUCUUUAGACUAUGAAGCUGCAAGAACGAAGGAAACAUGAGGACGAAAAUGCUUCCGGUCACUUGAUGCUCCUUUUUCGGACCGUAAUGAAGCUCUUCUCGAUGGUUGGUAGGACCAUGCGGGAAUCUGGACACGUGUCAAUGAAUGGCGUAGAUCUACCAAAACAGAAAGAUUUGGAACGCUAUGCUAAACAAGUUGAGAAUAUACUGAAAGAAAAUGAAGAACUCAAAUCAAAACUGGUUCAACAAGAAGAAAGAAUAAGGCAACUGGAAAGUUCUAGACAGAACAGGUCAAACUCAGCAUCGGCAUUUGAUCCAACGUUCGCCAAAGAGCUUUUACAGAGGUUAACUACAGAAGAGGGAAAGACGACCAAUCUCGAGCUUUUGCUCGUUGAAGCAAACAGAUUAAAUGAAGAACUUCAGAGAAAGGUGUCUACCGUAGCCAGGCAACAGGAGUCUUCGAAUGGAACAAUUGAUCGGCUACAAAGACAGUUCGAGUCCAUGAGUCACUCACUAGCACUUCGUAAUGUUAUGCUGACAGAUUUGGACGAAUCUGUGAGGCAACAGGAAGUCUCCAGUCACGAUGGAAUCAUGCUUUGGAAAAUCACCGAGUUCCCUAAAAAACGGCAAGAUGCCGUCUCCGGGCAACAGACGUCAUUUUACAGCCCGUGCUUCUUUACCAGUCGCUAUGGAUACAAGAUGUGUGCGCGCAUCUAUUUAAAUGGUGAUGGUAUUGGAAGAGGGACACACAUCUCGGUAUUCUUUGUUGUCAUGAGAGGUGAGUACGAUGCGUUACUCCGCUGGCCAUUCAGACAGAAGGUAACGUUCAUGCUGCUGGAUCAGAAUAACGUAGAACACGUAAUCGACUCCUUCAGGCCUGAUCCAAACAGCUCAUCCUUCCAGAGACCAAGAAGAGAAACAAACAUCGCUAGUGGGUGCCCUACAUUCUGUCCUUUGUCGGAAUUAAACGAUCAUGCCUACGUCAGAGACGAUACUAUGUUUCUGAAGGUUAUAGUCGAUACGACGGAUUUAUAA